AUGGCAUGCACAGAAAACGUAAUAAAAAACAUAGCGAACGAAAUAACAAGGAAUUGCCAAGCUCAAAAUGUGACUGUGGAUCCGGAAUUUGUGAUAUAUCUUAUAGAAUUAUUAUUAUUGAACCCAAAAUAUGGGAAACUGUUUUCGAAGACAAUAAACAGGAAUAAUUUGCAGUAUUUCGUGGAGGAAUGCGUUUCUAUGCUGAUUCGCGGAGAAACAUCAAUGAACACGCUCAAAAUGCAGUUCAUAAUGCAAAAAAACUAUGACAAACUUCAGAACCUUAUUGACCACCAUUUGGAGUCCAUUGAGAAGUGCCUCCGACCACUGAUGACGGAAAUCUUGGAUGAGGAACCGAGUUUUCAGGACGAGAACGAGUUUAAGAAGCUGUUUAGAAAGUUAUCUAUCUAUAUUAUACUGAACAGCGGACUUGGAAACCCGGGGAAUAUUCAUACUCUCAAAGAAGGCAUGGCGGCUUUAGAAAGCGUGUUCACCCUGGACGAUCUGGACGUGUUCGUGGGGCUCCCGAAACUGGAGAAGCACGCUCAGAUUAAAGAGUUGCUGGAGAUCGUGUCUGGUGUGAGGCUGUAUAAUAGGGAUUGCAAGAAGGGCGGCGAUGGCAUACCUGAUUUACCAUUCAACUUAGUGGACGCUGGCAAAGCGUGUGUCGCUUCUCUAUCCAACUCCCUCAUAACUGUGAUGCAAAGGGUAAACAGUCUGACCACAGCGCUGGAAGAUACCGUACACAUCGAAGACGAGACUGGGAAUGUGGUUAUUGACCUAAAAUCCACUCCAGAUUUGACUAUUGAAGACGUAAAAGAGAUAAUAGAACUUCUCUCCUUCUAUCGCCAAUAUGAAGUUUUUACCCGCCGCUUGCUCUCCGAUGUUCAGACGUUGGUUAGCAGCGCUAAACAGCACGUGGAGAGAGUAAGACUGGUUCUAGAUGAAAUACAUAAAGCUGUCAAAUAUAAGAGCGCUGUGCCCGUUGCUACGGUCUUUCCUCUAUUCGCAAAAUUAUGGCAAGUUUGGCGUUCUAUGCAGAACAUUAUGUAUUUAAUAUCGACAGUGAACCGUCUCACGUCCAGUUUAGCAACGAUACAAGACCAAAUGAAGAUACCCCAUAAUAUUGUGGACAAAAUGCUGCAAGGGAAAAACGUCAUCUCCGAUCAGGAUAGAUUGAGCAACAAGAUAAGUUUAGAUGAACGUCUGUCGAUGGCUUCUCUGACCAACUACGUAGCCUAUUCCGAACAGGAUAUUUUGGGGAUUGGACGAGAGAAGUCUACUCAAUACCUAGGUUUCUGCGCAGUGUGCCUCAGCGUUGGCGCCCUUAACCCUGGGAACAUGAAAGUCGGUUACAUUAAGGCUCGAGGGAAGAGAUACAGCUUUUGUACCGUCAAAAUGGCCACCAGAUUCAGCAAGAACCCUGACAGAUACAUAAACGAAGUGCUAGACUACGCCCGUAACAACCCACACGUGAUCAACCUGUUGAACAUUACGGAAGAGGUGCGCCAAGUCAGAGAUGUGGACGUUUUAGUCGUCAAGUUUGUGCCGAAAAUUAUGGUUUUGGACAAAGACAUACAAACAGAAACGCACCCGAUAGACGAGUAUAUAGAGAAAGACUAUACCUGGGACCUGUGGGAGUGGAAGAGACGAGCCUGCAAAUGGGCUACCAUAGUGAACUGCAAGACCCACUCCACUCAGACUAAAUACAGCCACUUACGCUCAGAGAUCCAGUGUCAAACCACGGAGCCUAGAGACAAAUGCCUCCAGACUAAGAAGGAAACGGGCAUGAACACAGUGCCAAAUAACGUGUUCCUGUGGGGCUUGAGGGGGCAGCUGGGGUAUGGUCAACAUGCCAUGGACCUGAUUGUGCCUCAUUCGGAAAAACUAGCAGCCAAACCGGUGGACUAUUGCGCUUGGCCCUGCAUCUCAUCGAGCGAAUGCAGAGACGUCGCCGUUCAGGACGAACAAGACGAUGAUGAAUUAGACAUUCAUAGUUUGGACGAAUGA